AUGUACGAACUAAGUCCAUUAAAACCUUCGAGUGAAGAUAAAGAUUGGACUAGGGAAGAGACGGAUUAUCUUUUUAGUUUAUGUAAAAAAUAUGAUUUAAGAUUUAUGGUUAUUCUGGAUCGUUGUGAGUAUCCAAAUAAGCGAAAGAAAUCAAUUCUUAGUAAUCCAACAACUCCAACAAUGGAAAUUACCAAUUCAAUUUUUCGUGCUCCCAUGGAUUUAUUAUCUACCAAGAAAAAUCGACGUACAUCAUCACCUUCUAUCGCGGCAGCUGCUUCUGAAGUUCAUAAUAUACCAACCACAGUUCGACGAGAGAAAUUCCCUCCGGGUGUAGUUGAUAGAGUUUCAAGGAUGCCCUUACCUAAACAAGCCAUGGCUGUUAAAGUAACAAAGGCAUUACAAGAAUUUGGAUUAGGUCCACGUCCAACGAUUCCAACAGAAAUAGUUUGUGCUCGUUGGACAGAAUUACAAAAGGCCAUACAAACAUUAUUAGAAAUAAAGAAAGGAGUAGAUAAACAUGAACAUGAAUUAAAAAUCAAAGUAAAUUUAUAUAAAAAGAUAAGCUCGGCUGAUAGUGAUAGAACAAUUAAUGGUAGUGAAGCUGGUAGUCCGUUACGGAAACGAGAUCGAAUUACUUUGUCUGCUUCAUCUCUGGAUGUUAAAAGAGCUCGCAAAUAA